AAAUAAAAAUGUUUUGAGCUAGAUAAAACCGUUUAUUUUCCAGAGCCUUGAGAAGAUGCUAAUCUCACACGAGGAAGGUCUUCAAUGUCCUUGUGGGCGUGGUUUACCAAGCCAGCCCGUUCUCCGAUUGGUCACGCGAGCACUUGCUCUUCUGUCAUUGGUCCAUUAUGGACAUGACGUAGUGGCAAUGCAACAAAAAAAAAAGAAAAGAAAGAAACUGCGUUCAUUGUGGCUCCAGAGUCCUGUGGCAAGUCCGUGCUCGUUUCUCAAGAAUCUCUGAGCCAACAUGGCGGCCGAGCCGAGCCAGUUUCCCUCACCGUUAUAUAUGAAAACAACUGAAAAAGUAGGAGGGUAGCGUAGCAGCAACAACUUCAGCGUCACAUGAUUCAUAAAGCCAGGCUGUCCUGUUCCAAUAUGGUGGUCAGCUUGGCAGAGCUGCGUCUACCGUUGAUCAUAUCGUUCCUCUGCGGGUUCGGAACCUGCAGCCUUCAAGAGACGCAGGUUUACGGACUGCGCCUGGAGAACGUUACCGAGCGGGUGUUCAUGCGCGAACGGGUUAUCGUAGCUCCAUACGGGACCACUUUCAAGCUCAGAUUGUUUGGAUCCUACCUGUCCAAUGAGACCUGGCCGUGGGUCGCGUUCGCCGCGGCUGGAGGCGGUUCGCUUGACCCCUGCGCGCUGGAGGAACGCCGCAACUCCUCUGCGUUCCGGUUACGCGGAGCUUUCGCGUCGGAUGACGAGAACAGCGGGAUUAUAGAAGUGCAAACCGAAGCUGCAGCAUCCAAACCGGAGAAUAAAGAUGCAGAGUCUGUGCUCCAUCAUUUCUGCGUCUUAAAGGGCCAGGCGUGGGGCUCUGUCGGGUCGGACAAGUUGGUUAUUAAGAACCCGGAUGUGCCAUCAGAUUACAUUCCAUUGUGGGGUCUGAUUUUGGUGGUUGUGCUGCUGGUUUUGGUUUGCAGUGUGGUCAGAUGUGUGAAUCUGAGUUUGCUGUGGCUGGACCCACUGGAGCUGUAUGUUCUGCACAGCUGCGGUUCAGAGGAUGAAAAGCGGGCGGCCAAGCGCCUCAAGCCCAUCCGGAGGAGAGGAAAUGUUUUGGUUUGUUCGCUCUUGUUCAUUUGCGCUUUGGGUCACUCGGUGCUCGGCGUAUUGUUGUACCGUCUCUAUGGGUCCAUCCUGCCCGCUGUGUUCACUAGUGGCUUCCUCAUAUUCCUCCUGGCUGAGCUGGUUCCUCAUAUUGUAUGUUCGGGUUACGGGUUCCAGAUGGCACCGGGUUUGAUAUGGCUGGCCCAGAUCUGUCUCAUCCUGACAUGCCCGCUUUCUUGUCCCCUCGGCCUCCUGCUGGACUUGAUCCUGCACCGAGACGUGAGCACCGUGGGCAUCCGUGAGAAAACCAUGGAAAUGAUUCGGACUAGUGUGAACGAUCCGUAUAAUGAGUUCGUCAAGGUGGAGUUCAGUAAAGGUGCCCUCAGGACCAAAACCGUGGAGGACAUCCUGACCCCCCUGAAAGAUUGCUUCAUGCUGCCCUCCACAGCCGUGCUGGACUUCAACACCAUGUCCGAGAUCAUGCAGAGCGGCUACACUCGCGUCCCGGUGUACGAGGAGGAGAGGUCCAAUAUCAUCGAAAUCCUGUAUGUCAAAGACCUGGCGCUGGUUGACCCGGAGGACCGCACUCCCAUGACCACCAUCACCAAGUUCUACAACCAUCCUCUGCAUUUUGUUUUUAAUGACACCAAGCUGGAUGCAAUGCUGGAGGAAUUCAAAAAAGGAAACUCCCACCUGGCCAUCGUUCAGAAGGUGAAUAACGAGGGUGAAGGAGAUCCGUUCUACGAGGUUCUGGGUCUGGUCACGCUGGAGGACGUCAUUGAGGAGAUCAUCAAAUCUGAGAUCCUGGACGAGUCUGAUGGCUACAUGGACAUGAAGGUGAAGCGUCCAAUGGCCCCGGUGGAGAUUCCUCUGGAGCCGCGCAGCGUUCACGACGAGUUCUCCAUCUUCAAACCUCCCGAGGGCGAACCUAAGAUCCGCACCUCGCCUCAGCUGUUGCUGGCCACCCACCGAUUCCUGUCCCGAGAGGUGGAACACUUCAACCCGCAGCGCGUGUCUGAGAGAGUCCUGUUUCAUCUGCUGCGGCACCCGAGCGUCAACCAAGAAGUGAAGUUUGACCCCGCCAACCGGCUCAGUCCUGAUCACUACCUGUACACGCGGAACCACCCUGUGGACUACUUCAUUCUGCUGCUGCAGGGCCGUGUGGAGGUGGAGAUCGGGAAAGAGGGUUUGAAGUUUGAGAAUGGCGCGUUCACCUACUACGGUGUUUCGGCGCUCACAGCUCCCUCCUCAGUCCAUCAGUCUCCGGUGUCCACGCAGCGUCAGUCCCCCAGAGACCCCUUUGAUCUGGGAGACGCCACCAGCCCGUCCAGCUACUGUCCCGACUACACCGUACGAGCCCUCACAGACCUGCAGUAUAUCAAGGUGACGCGUCUGCAGUACCUCAACGCUGUGAUGGCGUCGCGGGUGGCCCAGAGCCCCGAGCCGCCUGAAAUCAAGAUCCUGCCCAACAGUCAAACCAAACUCCUGAACGAGAAGAACACUACUCAAGACUUUCAGCUCCACUUUUCAUUCUUUGAUGCAAUUGACAACUACUGUUAGUGUGCUUUGCAUGAGACAGGAUUUAAAUGUCCAGGUGCGAGCAAGAGCCAGGAAUCCAGGCCAGACGAGGAGCUUCACAGCCAGAGAGGAGCGUUUUGACCUUCCAUCUAACCUUCCUGCAGAACUCAAAAGGAUUUUAUUAUGACAAGUAAUUUGUUUUUGUCGUCUUAAAUGAAUCUUUUACUCCUGGAAUGCAGCGAUUGAGCCAGAUGGAGGACUGUUGAGGAAAACAAAAGACGUGAUAUUCAAGACGUGUCUUUCUGGUCAGACGGGAUCUGUUCUCUCUGUUCUGCUUAUUCAGCUGUUCCCUCUGAUGUCACUUCCUCUGCACUCUGUUUGAGUUCACUUAUUUCCUUAAGGUGUAUGCGUGUGCAUAUGUGCUACUAAAUUAUAUGGUGUGCCAAGAUCUUACUAUCCCUUCGUAUCGUAUAAGCAGUGUUACAGCUCCAAACCGUCAAGCCCUAAUAUGCCAAAAUGGGUUCAGAGCGACAGAAAAUAGCCAUUUACUCACCCUCAUGUCAUUCCAAACACACAAUCUUGUCUUUUCCAAUUAAUAGUGACUACAGCUGUCGGCCUCCCUCUGUAACGAACGAAACGGCGUCGCUUGAAGCGCUCAAAUGUCAUUCUCCAUACAUGUUUGAACUGGAAUAAUGGCCUAAAUGCCGUCACAUCUGAACACAAAUACGGUUUUAGAACUUUGGGGAAGUACACUAUUAAAAAUAAAUGUUAUUUUUUGGCAUCUAUGUUUCCGUAAAGAACCGUUAACGUCCAUGGAAUCUUUCCAUUCCACAAAAGGUACUUUAGAUUAUUAAAAUGUUCUUUGCACACUCUUAAAAAUAAAGGUUCCAAACGGGGGUUUCACAGUGAUGCCACAGAAGAAUCGUGUGUGUGUGUGUGCGCAUUUUUGUGACAAAUGAGGACAUAAAUGUGUAUAAUGAAGGGUACGACAGGUAUUACAAGGAGAAGGUGACUUUUCAGGACAUUUCCAUGUCCCCACUUUUCAAAACGCUUAUAAAUCACACAGAAUGGAGUGUAUUGAAAAUCUGAAAUGGCAGACAGUCUCCUGUAAGGGGUAGGUUUAGGUGUAGGGUUGGUGUAGGGCAAUGGCACAUACAGUUUGUACAGUAUAAAAACCAAUUACGCCUAUGGGAUGUCCCCACUUUUCACAAAAACAAACGUGUGUGUGUGUGUGUGUGUGUGUGUUAAAGGAACAUUUUAAUAAUCUAAAGAACAUUUUUGCAUUAUCAAGAACCUGUUGUGCAACGGUAAGGUUCCAUAAUCGUCCUUCAUGGUUGUAUUGCAUUCGCUGCGAAAACCCCUUUUGGAACAUUUAUUUUUGUUUAGGUACAGAUUAAUCAGUAAUAACCACAUUAAUGCUUUCCAAAGACAGGUUUGAUGGCGAGUCCUUAGGUGGAAUAUUCCUUUUAGGUCCCAAUAUGUUAAGUGCCAAUGAAAGUUUAUCAACAGGAACCUUGCAAGAAGUGGAAAGCUGGAUUUUUCACACCAAAAAAAAAAAAAUGGUCUUGCAGUGUCAGAUGCGGAGUUAUCGCUAGAAAUUCCUAUACUUGGUCCCUUUGAUUAUCAUUACCUUUGCCUAAUACAUGUCCCUCCAACUUUUCAGAUUGUUAGAUUGAUUAAUUGUGGAAAAACAAAUUCGAGAGCGACGUUACAACUUCUACGUGAUCCUGACCCGGUUUUUCCCUGCAUGUCUACGUCCGGCUGCCUUUUCAAUUUUGCAUCUCAGAAUAUCUGCUUAUUAGGUGACUAAUGCCUUGCAUGACUGUAGCGGAUGUAGCUAACAGUAUAAGCGAAAAAUAUCCAACCUUUGCCAUACUGGAAUUACCUGAUCAUUCCAUUGGAUUAACAGAUCCUAGCAAUUCUGAAAUCUCAAUGUUUUUGAGGUUGUAUCAUAUUUCGAAAUGUAGAAACGUUGUGUAGAUGGGUAAUUAACCUAAAACCUACUUCCUAACGAGUCUAGUAGCUUUUCUGGCAUUCUGUGGUGUUCUGUUAUAACGAAUCCGCUAUCCGUUCCAUCCGCUUGUCCUAGAGAAGAUGCUUGGUUUAAACAUUUCAAGUUUAUUUUAGGUUUCUGUGACAUUCCAGCCUACACUACCAUUCAGAUGUUUGGAGGACGCUCACCAAGGAUGUGUUUAUUUGAUUACAGUAAAAAAAACAGAAGUGAAAUAAUAUUACAGUUAAAAAGGUUUUUUUUUUUUUCAGCAUCAUGACUCUAGUCUUCAGUGUCACGUGAUCCUUCAGAAAUCUGAAUCAUCCUAAUCAUGCUGAUUUGCUGCUCAUGAAAAAAUGUCUUAUUGUUUUCCAUGUUGAAAACAGUAUUUUUGUGGAAACCAUAAAUAAAAAGUUCAAAAGAACAGCAUUUAUUUGAAAUAGCAAUCUUAAAUGUCUUUACUGUCACAUUUGAUUAAUUUAGUGUAUUCUUUCAGAAAAAAAAGUAUCUUAUUAAUUUAUUAAAAAAUAAAAAUCAUGACCCCAAACUUUUGAACGGUGGUGUAUAAUUUGGGUUUUAAUGUGAGAAGGAAGGGUGUGAUUUGAGUACCUUUCAGGAUAGACUUAAUGUUGAAAUUCAAGCCUUCAGUUGUUCUGUUUUAUUGAUGCAAAUAGUCAUGUAACCAAUUUUAAGCAGUUAUUUACAAGUGUGCUUAUUUAUGUUGUUGUCAUUAUAGGCCAUCCGCUAAAAACUGACCGCACCGAUCAGUGUGUGAUCCAAGUAAAUAUUUUUCUGCUGUUCAAAAUGUUGUACUGUUUGUUCUGUUGUAAAAGUCAAUUUAUAUGGUCACAAAAUAACGAAUGUAUAAUAUAUAUAAAAAUCCUUUUCUUGUCUUACUCUAUUUAUCAAAAGAAAUGCUGGGAUUUUUGCAUAGGCUAGAGAUGACUGUAAGUGAAUAAGAAACUUCUGAGGUUGUAAAGUGGGAACAGUUGCCGGCAGAUGUCAAUUCUUCAGGUACAAACGUAGAUAUUACCAGGGAUUCGAACACACUUUUACUUCUGACCAGCCAUUUUUGGUAGUUGAGACUCAAAUCUUCUCUGUAUUGUACUUGAGCCGUUGAAUGCUCUGAUAUCAACUCUUUCAUAGGAAAUAAACACAGCCCAGUGCUUAACUGAU